AUGUCCGAGAUGGACUACAAUCGCGUGAAAAUGGAUUGGAAACCCUACUACCCUCAACACCAGCACGCGCUGUCUGCGAAUAAUGUCCCGACGUAUGCAGGCCGAUCCGUGCCCUCGUACCAUGUAGGAAGCGAAGAGAACACGUACCGUGGGUGUAAUAUUUCUUCUCCGCGCUACUCCCCAUCAGUUCAGCCAUGGCGGAAGCAGCAAGCGCAGAGCUCUCUGUCGUUCGUCCCAUCGACCUCGCCGCGCAUGGAUCAGGUCGGGUAUACCACCGCGCAGCCAAAGCGGCCCGUAGACCGGGACCCGGUCUGCAUCUCGCCCUUCCGCUCCGUGCGGAGGAUGAAACAACCGUUCCAGCUACGUCUGCCGAGCUCGCCAUCAAUGGAAAGCCUGCAGGCGACCCCCAAGGAACGCCAGGCGUCUCGCUCCCCGUCGUCGAAGAAUCACACUCUGCGCACCUGGCGCUCAGACCAAAAUCUCACAACCUCGAGCAUGGAGACAUUUGGCCUCCUUCCUAGUCCACCUCUCUCCGACGCGAUUCCCCCACGCUCCCCGUCGUCCGCUUACUUUUCGCCCCAACCUGGGUCCGAAUCCGACUACAGCCAGUAUACGCCCAAAAGCUGCAACCACGAGCUUACUACCAAGCCGUGUGAGGUGGCGAAACCGUUCACACCCGAACCCGAGACGGAGGCCCCCAAGACGACGGGAUCGACAAAUGUCCACAUGGCUCACUCUCAUUUAGUUCAACAGUGUGAAUCCGGUGACGGUAAUGUACCCCGGACAUCUACCGACACGGAGCGUAUGUCGUCACCCGCGGGAUUUACCAAUAGUGGAUCUUUUGGGAAACGUGAUUUAUCUUGGUCGUCGGAAGCUACCCAAAGAAGUCGUUCGGGAACGGUGUCGAGCGAAGGGAGCUGGGUCCCGAGCAAUCUGUCGCACUUUGAAACCUGGCUUCAGCGGGCUCCCGUGGAGAUGACGGUAGUCAGAGGCGAAGGGCCCAAGGAAUGCAACCGAAGAAAGUUCCAAAUCGUACAACAAAGCCCCCCAACCCCGGGACCGAAGAGCACACCGAUACUAGCGGCUGAGCGCAAACCCAAGCUGGUUGAUAUCUCUCGACAAUCUUCCCCACCGACGAGUUAUCCAAUACCGGCCCUGCCAACCCGUACAAUACCGUCGACGCCCGAUCAACGUCAGCGGGAGGUGUCUGCCUUCAGUCCUGACACACCCUUGGAGAUGUCCGAUAGUGGCUACAAUACCCACGCUUCCUGCUAUUCUCCGGAUGAGUACCGUGGCGACAAGGAAGACGAUGACUACACCGACGCAAGCUCGCUAGCUUCAGAUAGUGCCAGUGCGACUGUUGUCUGCGAGAAGCCCCCGGAACCCCAAGAACAGCCCACAUCACCGCCUAACCCAGGCAUAACGCCCCGGACUCAGCCAUUACCCAAAGCCCAGGCAUCGCCGCGGCGCGAAUCCCACCUCUCGGAGAAGGCAGAGCUGGGGAAAUGGUGGGACCACGAAUGGACGAUAGACCAGCUGGAGCACUCGGUGAAAGACUUCCCACGGAACAUGCUAAGGCUGACCUCGCCCGUCAUCAUGUUCAUCCGGCACAACAACGAAAAGGCCCUGAUCCGGCCGUUCCGCGACAUAUUCCCCGACGUUGCGGAGAACCUCCUCGACGGUCUCUGCGCUUCGCUCAUUGCACGAAACCAUGUUGUUUCGCUCGCCUCGGGGAACAAAAGGAGCGAUUUCUCCCAGCGUCCCAACCUACCUCGUUUGGAUACCGUCCCUGAGCGGAUCUCACCCUCGACCACCAUGCAAUUCAGUCAGCCCGUGCCGUCGCGCAUCAAAGAUAGGGUUCUCGGUUCACGCGGCACGGAACUCCGUAAAGAGCUGGAUCGUAUCAUCGAUAAUCUUCUAUUUGCCAUCACGGGGCGGGAGCAGGAUGAGACAUUGAAAGCUUCUGUUCUCGCGCUUGCUCAGGUUCUGGAAAGCAAAGUAUAG